AUGGCCCAGCUCCGCGUCACCGACUUCUUCGGGCGCACCAAGGCGGCCGGGGCCGAGCGCCCGCUCAAGUCCCCGCGCACCCCCGCGCGGCCCCGCGGCGGUGACCGCAGCGCCCCGGGGCUGGCGGGCAGGAAGCGGCGGCGGCAGGAGCUGGAUGAGGAGCCGGGCGCGGAGCGCAGCGGGAAGCAGGCGCGGAAGAGGCUGGAGCCGCUGCGGGAUGCGGAGCCGCUGCGGGAUGCGGAGCCGCUGCGGGAUGCGGAGCCGCUGCGGGAUGCGGAGCCGCCGGGCGCGGCUUCCAGCCCUCCGGCCACCACGCUGCCACCCGCCUCAUCCAAAGGGACACCCUCCUCGCUCGGUGCAGUGACAAAGACGCCGUCCCGUGCGCCCCUCGGGCCAGCGCAGCCCGGCACCAUGCAGCCUGGCCAAGCCACGCCGGGCCGGAGCAGAGAGUCCAAGCAGGAGAGCCUCGCGGAGCUGAAGUGCCGCUUGCAGAGGAUGAAGACGCUCGCGGAGCUCGCCAAGGUGCCCCCGGCCUCCCCCGAGGCCGGCGCGGAGCUGCAGAGCCACCUGAAGCGAGCGCGGGCCCUGGAGCUGAGGAUCCGCCAGAGGAGAGCGGAAAGAGCCGAAGCGGAGGCGGGGAGCUCGGAGGAGGGCAGCGACACGGCCCGGAAGGCCCCCGCGUACCAGCGCUUCCACACCUUGGCCCAGGACGUGCCCCCGGGGCUCACGCUGCCCUACAAGUUCAAGGUGCUGGCGGAGAUGUUCCGCACGAUGGACACCAUCGUGGGCAUGCUCUUCAACCGCUCCGAAACCGUCACCUUCGCCAAGGUCAAGCAGGGCGUGCAGGACGUGAUGCGCAAGCAGUUUGAGGAGCGGCACGUGGGCCAGAUCAAGGCCGUGUACCCCGAAUCCUACCGGCUGCGCCAGGAGAACAACAUCCCCACGUUCAGCAGCAGCAUGAAGAAGUCAGACUAUCAGCUCACGCUCGAGCCGGUGCUGGGGGAAGGGGAGAAGGUGGACGGCCGCCCGCACUUGUCGGCCGCGCGCCUGCUGGAGCGCAGGARGGAGUUCAACCGCGGGCUCGUGAGCAUCGUCAAGCAGCACCACAAGGCGUUCCUGGCCUCCCUCAGCCCCCCGUUGGCGGUGCCGGAUGAGGAGCUGAUGCGCUGGCACCCCCGCUUCAACGUGGAYGAGGUGCCCGACAUCGCCCCGGCCGAGCUGCCGCGGCCGCCCCAGAGCGACAGGGUCACCACAGCCCAGGAGGUGCUGAGCACGGCCCGGGGCAUGAUGACCCCCAAGAUGGAAAAAGCUCUCRCCAAGCUGGCGCUGAAAGCGGCCGAAGCGCCCGCGGCGGAGCCGGUGGCCCCCAACGCGCCGUCCCCUGCCAGCACCCCCAGCGCGCUCAAAGGGGUGUCCCAGGCCCUGCUCGAGCGGGUCCGUGCCAAGGAGGCGCAGCGGCUGCGGGCGCUGCUGACGCGGGCGCCGCAGCGGGAGGAGCGGCUGGCCAUGCUGGCGCGGCUGCCGCCCAUGGCCCGCGUCCUGCGCAGCGUCUUYGUGGCCGAGAAGAAGCAGGCGCUCAGCCUGGAGGUGGCCUGUGCCCGCAUGAGCGACAGCUGCCCCACACAGAUGUGUCCUGGUGACAUGGAGAAGCACCUGCGCCUCUUCGCGGAGCUGCUGCCCGACUGGGUGAGCCUGCACCCCAUCCGCACGGACACCUACAUCAAACUGGACAAGGGCAAGGACCUCAACGCCAUCGCCGAGAGACUCGCCCAGGCCAUCAAGGAGGAAGAAGCCUCCUGAGCCACCUUGCACACAACCCGAGCUCUAGAUGUAGCAAACCCGGGACAGUGCCCUGGGACUAGGGGGAUUUCGUAGGUUGGUGGGAGCAUCGGMGGGUCCAGCGAUUGGGAAGCUCUUCUUUGGGGACACCUAAGUUGCAAGGGACGGGUCUCACCUCCAUUCUGUCCAUGGGGAUGUAACUCGCCACCCUCAAGAGCUCUGAAGAUGAGCAACGCCUAUGGUGCCCAUUCCUGCAGCGAGAGGAGCAGGCAGCCUUUUCUUGAGUUACCCCGUUCUUUGGCAAUUUUGGCACUAGGGUUUUCUUCCGUUGACCGAAUCCUGCGGGAUGGAGUCCGGACUGGGCAUGGUAAGAGGGUGACACGGAGGAAGGAGUGAAGUCACCAAGUGGUGACGUUCUAGGGCUCUGGGCCUUGUUCUGUUUUUAAGGGAGGGAAACG